CAGGACGCGCUGCACGUGCUGCUGGCGGCGGCGGCGGCCGCGCCCGCAGGCGGCGACCUCAUGUACCACUACAUACAGUUCUUCCAGGAGCAGAAGUACACGGAGCUGAUGCUGCCGGUGGCGCUGCGCCUGUUGCCGGCGGCGGUGGUGAGCAUGGUGCAGGACGCGCCCGAGUCUGCGCCCCCACUGCCGCAGCCCUACUACGACAUGUUCAACGUCACGCGACACUACACCGUAGACGAGGCGGAGGGUAGUAGCCUGGGCGCGCUGUCGUGCCGCGCGGUGUGCCACGCGGUGGGCGGGCCCGGCGCCGCCGCCGCGCGGGCCUGGCGGGCCGCGGCUCCGCCCCGUGCGGCUCGUCUAUUGGCCGGGUGCGCUCGUCGCGCGGUGUCGCCCGCACUAGUGUCGGCGCAGCUGUCGCGCGUGGUGCAGGCCGCGCCGCGCGUGCCCGGGCUGUCGCGGCCCUGA